UGCAUUCCACUAAGUUAUUCCAACCCCUACGGCCGCCGGCGACCACUAGUGCUACCUGCCGCGGAGUUGCAUUUGCUUCGCCGCAUUUAUUUCCGGAAAGCCACAGAAACUUUUACGGCGGCGGCGGCAACUCUUAUUGUCUUCUAGGAAGCAGAAAGAGAGCGAGGACCACUAAUUAUAACAAUAAGAACCGAAAUCACUGCUACAUGGAUUCCAACGGGCUUGACUCGGACGGGCGUGAGUUCAGAAAUGCAGAGGAGAUGUGGAGAGAAGAGGUGGGAGAGGAAGGCAGCAAGUCUCAGUGGUACGGCACCGCCAUUCGUUAUUGGGAGAAGGUGGACGCAACUGUUGACGGAGUGCUGGGCGGUUAUGGGCAUGUGAAUGAUGCCGAUGUAGCUGCAAGCGAUGCAUUUCUCACUAGCAUUUUGGCUGAGAGGUUUCCAGCUCAGAGGGACGCCCCUACUGCUGCAAGGCCAUCUCGCCACCUUGUUGCUCUUGAUUGUGGCUCAGGAAUUGGAAGGGUCACCAAGAAUCUACUUUUAAGGCAUUUUAAUGAGGUUGACCUUCUUGAGCCUGUACCACAUUUUCUGGAAGCUGCUCGUGUGAACUUGGCUCCUGAAAAUUUAACUGUGCCUGAGAUGCACAGAGCUGCCAACUUCUAUUGUGUUCCACUUCAGGACUUCACUCCAGAUGCUAGAAGAUAUGAUGUGAUAUGGGUGCAAUGGUGUAUUGGCCACCUUGCUGAUGAUGACUUCAUCUCAUUCUUCAAGAGAGCAAAGAUUGGCCUUAAACCUGGUGGUUUUUUUGUUCUGAAGGAAAACAUUGCUAGAACAGGAUUUGUAUUGGACAAAGAAGAUAAGAGCGUCACCAGAUCAGAUCAAUAUUUCAAGGAUCUCUUCAAUCAAUGUGGACUAUACAUUUAUACAAUGAAGGAUCAAAAAGGGUUCCCUGAUGAAUUAUUUGCUGUAAAGAUGUAUGCAUUGACAACUGAGAUGCCAAGACGACCCACCGCUAAAUCUAAAUCUAAGCGGCUGUCUAAUAGACCUGCCAUCAUCAAGUGAAGAAUAUGAUCUCGGCUAUCUGAAAUUAUGCUUUUUCUCUGGAUGCAAUUUUGAGUGGUUUCAACUUACUCUUUGACCAUCUCUCUAAUAUAAGGGAGGUUACUAAUUGGGAAGUCUGCUACAAACUUUUACUGAAAAUAACAUUUCUUUUAUGUAUUGGAGUCUUGAAGAUUAGAAGCAUGGCUUGUUUUAAAUAUGAGACUGACCCUUGAUGGUAGUGAAGUAUUAUUAUUCUAUGAAUAUGAACAUUAAAGUUGUGUGAAUUAUUAUUAUUUGAUGAACAUUCAAGUUGUGUGAAUAUUAUUUGGUGAAC